UCAGUUUUAUAUAGCACCUGCAGUCGAGGGUAUAUCACAGAGGCGGUCGUCUGUCCACUGCGUUGAUCUGAACCAUUUGAACAACUGAAAGUCCAAUUCCCAGUUAUAUCUCUGAAGAAUACUCUAAAGUCUGAUCAAUGGGCCUAGGGGUUCAGUCACUGCUGAGAAGAGAUUUGUGCAGUAGUGGUCGUGAAACUGUUGAAGUAUGGCACAAGAAUUUGAAUACCUUGAAAUUACUGUGUCACAUUACUACCGCCUGACUGUCCAGUAUGAUGAUUACAAAAGUGUUGGUGCUGAUGAUGGUCAUGGGAUUCAGUGAACCCAUGAAGAUCACCUUGGUCCCAGGAGACAACACCAUUGUAAAAUCUCCUCACUUCUUUCUUUAUUAUCCCAAAAGAAGGAGGUGCCAAUGGGAGAUCUCCUGUGCUCCUAGAGACACGACUUACCUGAAAUUUGAUUGUCCAACUUUCUCCCUGGAACCUUCAGAAAAUUGUGUCAAAGAUCGUUUAAUAGUAACAUACAAAGGCAACAGGACGUUGUACUGUGGGGACGCCACGCCUGAUGGCACCAUCACCUAUGACGGCUGGACAAGACUCGCCUUCAGGAGUAGAAACAGAGUUAACAAAGGCUUUAAAUGUAAUAUCCAGUGCACCAGUUUUGCUAUGCGUAUAUCCACCUAGCCUACCAAAGUCACCACUACCACGACUACCACCUCCACCACCACUACCACCACCACACUACCACGAAUACCACUUCCACCACCAA